AUGUCCCGUAUUGAGAAAGGAACACAGCGUUUUCGACCCACUGUGGUUGCGCGUCGUGCACCUCAAGCAGACCAUGCUAAUGACGCUGUCCCGCGACCAGCACCCGUUGUGCCAUCUGCCGACGCACCGUCCACCGCAUCAGCGGCACGGACUGAUACCCCCCCACAACGGCGUGCCACCUCAUCAAGUGUGCCCACACCGAUUGUCCCCACGCGCAUGGCUCCGCGUCCACGCGUUGUUCCAAGCACUGGGGCGAGUGAGAAUCGUGUCCAGCCUGCUGCGCGCAGUUAUGCUUUUGCUUCGCAGCCGACCAAGGUCCGCGUUCCCAUUCAUCCUCGAGCACCAUCGCAGCCUCCGAGAAGCGCAGAUGUACUCCAUGCUGAAUCUACUAGCAUAUCACCCUAUGAGCGAUUCUUGCAUGCUGCUCAGGCCAAUCCUCACGGUGUCUUGCACAUGGACACUGAAGCCGAUCCCAGCGCCAUUGCCGAGCAGGCGGCCGAGACAUGGCAGACGCUCGACCCUGCUAUACGUGCCCAAUACAACGUCGCGGAAGCUCCACGAAGCAUGCCGACUAGCUCUGCUCCUCCUGCUCGGACGCGUGCGCCACGCAAACGCACGGGCACGAGUAUUUCUGAUGACGAGGCAGAGUACAAGCAGCAAUGUGCCCAGCAGGAAAAUGGGAUGGACGGAUCAGAAUUACCGCCGCUUCGCGUAGAUAUAGGCACGACGCGAAUGGAGUCUAUUGCGGUGACAAAUUGGAAGAGUGGCCGAGCGAGUAGUCGGACCUUUGAACUCGAACGUGUUCGAGCUCGACAGCUUAAAAAGAGACGAAGCGAGGCGCAUGAAGAUGCAGAACAGGGUGGGAUCAAGCAAUCUGAGACGCCCGUUCCAUCAACGCCGCGCGAUACACCCGCGCCCUCGGAUGUGUCGGAAGAACCACAACUCGGCGAGAACCGCUUUGCCGUACAAACGCGUAUUGUUGACGGCAAAAUUGUACUGGAUGAGCAAUCUUUGUUUGCUAACUACCGUGAUGAUGAGCAGCAGGAGCGUGAGCAGCGCCAUUGGGAGGUCAUUGACGAGCGCGAAGGUGAUCAGUUCGUGAACAGCGCGAGCCGAAGCAAGCAGCGUCGCACACAGCGCUGGACGGCUGAGGAAACUGAACGCUUUUUCCAGGCCAUUUCCCAGUGGGGCACCGAUUUCGAGAUGAUUACCCGCCUAUUUCCACGACGCACGCGCCGAGAAAUCAAGGCCAAAUGGACCAAGGAAUCCCGUCAGAAUCCACAACGUCUUGACGCUGCCUUUCAGCGCCGUGUCGCAGUGGACCUUCACGCCUAUGGCCGCGCAGCUGGUGUAGACUUGAGUGGGCCGCCGCCUACCAUCACACCACGACCAGAGCCCAAAUCGGACGUGGAGAUUGUCUCUGAAUCGUCUGUACAAUGA